AUGUAUGGCCAAAGUUGGUUACCAAGCCUGCCCGCACCCGAGAACCAUACCCGCGGGUCUGGUCUGACUCUGUCGACCUCCAGAGUACGGAUACAACCCAACCCAACCCACAAGUACUGUACUGUAGCAAAAACGAUUAGCCAUCGAGCCAUGGACGUAACGGUUUCGUCCAGGCUCGGUAAACAUGACGUCCAUUGCUCCACCGACUUGAUUCGUCCCAUGGCGAACUUGGCAACAACCGCCAAAUCUUCCUUGUCAAUCAUAUCAGGGAUUUUGACGUUCUGUCUCCACGUACAACGCGAUACGACAGACGUGAUAAGUAACACACUUGGCAGUACGACUCUCGCUGGAGAUUUCCAAGAUCCCAUGGUGGAGGAAGAGGCUGGCCUGUCAAACGCCUGUACCAUAGUUCUGGGAAGGGUGGUCAAGCUGGCAAUUCUCGACCGUUCGGCUAAGCCGGAAUCAUUCGCGGGCAAGCCGGACCACUGGCCAAUGAUCAACAUGGGAGGGCAGGCAGUACAAAGAGCGCGGCAGGUUGCCGAAAUCGUUCAUUUGGUGAAGAGACAGAAAAUCGCAGGUCGUAAUGAGGUUUUGUACCACUUUUUGUGGUCCACCAAUCGUCCCAGGUACGAAAAAACCCCCCUAGUUGAUUUCUUCUUCAGUCCUCUCGGAUGGUCUGUGUGUGUGCUUGGCUCUAUCGCUGUAGCCGCCCGCUCGUCUGGGGUACAAAUUGUCAUUACAGUGGCGCCGCGCCAACAUGUCACACGCCAUAACGAGGCCUAG